AACAUAUUAUAAAUAGUAGUAUAUUAUGGUCAUGACUUUUUUCGUAUAGCACCUUUAAAGUAAACUCUCACUAAACCACGUGGAGGACCUGCUGUGUUGGAAAGAUACCUGUUGAAGUUGAGUAAAUUCAUUCCUAAAAGUUUCUUUUGGCUGUUUCGUGCUCGUCACUGCCUCCCAGAGGAGGCGAUCAUCACACAGCGAGUCCUCAGCGCGCGUCCUCCUUCUCCUCAGUGAUCACCUCCUGCUCUGAGGACAGCAGCUCCAGCCUCUUUGUUCCAGAGGACAACAUGUCUGCUCCUCAUCCACGGGGCUCUUUUUAAAAACAAAAAUUAAAUUAAAUGAAAAGCGCGUCCUGCCCUUUGUUCGGAUCUCUUUUUAAAUAUUAACAAGUUGUCAUGUCAUCCCUGACUCGGAGAGGAGGGAGAUGUCCCUCCCCGGUGCGAGGGACACGCUGGAGCGCACAAGUGCAGCAUCACUGCGAGUCGCUCGGCUCUUGCGCCCCCGGGAGGGACCGACGGCCCGAGGAGCGACCCCCGCCGGAGGGCGGCGACCGCCGCCGGAACGCGGACGCCGUCCCGCCGUACAAGUCCCCGCCGGGGACCGACGGGGACCGCGUCAGGUGCGCCAUGUCCUCCUCGUGCAGGGGCGCCGUGUGCGCCCACCCCGACCCGCGGGGGUCCGGCUGGAAAGUUGCGCGUUGCGAGAAGUGCUGCGCGAGCCUGGUGUCCCUGAAUAAACAAGCCAUGAGCCUGGCGGUCCACCACCGCGCCUCCUGCAAGGACUCAAGUGACCUGUCUGUGUUCCUUCUGGACAACCUCCGCGUCCAUAGUCGGUCCACCCACGAGGCCAGGGACAGGGACAGGGAGAGGGAGCAGGGCGAGUGUGGCGCGUGCGGCGUGAACCUUCACCAGCUCAAGCAGGAGGCCGUCCACUUGGCCCUGAGCCGGGGUCAGACACUCGCCGAGCCCCCCUUUGAACCCAGCUGUAGCUCUGCCGCACUGCUGGGCCACGGCAGGACAAAGCAUGGGGACCGGGCGCCAUGGGAAGCUGCCCCCCCCGCGCCUCAACCGCUCAGUCGCACCCACACCCCGCACAGCCCCAGAAGCCCGAGGACGCCUCAGAGGACCCCUCAGACCCUCAGGAAGAGGGGGCCCAAGCUGCCCAACCCUGAUAUGGGCCGCUGGGUGGAGCAGCAGCAGCUGGUCGCUUCUAAAUUUGCAUCGGGCGCUGAUGGUGUCACCACUUACCCUCAGCAUAAGGCUGCAGACGAUGCUGCAGCGGGACGUGGGGACACCGUACAAACGACCUCAAAGAUCCCGCACAUAUCCAGAGUGGUCACCAUCGCCAACACGGCUGCUAUGUCCCUCUUAGCCAGGGCUGCAGAGAAGCUCAACCUGACAUCGAGGAAAAGAGGCCAGGCCUCUGAUCCAGCUCCCGCUCUCUCCUCCACCUGCUUCAGGGAGUUGAUCCAGAAAACCCCCCCGCCCGUCCCCCCCUGCCUGCUCCAAGCUGCCACCAGAACCAGAGACUCCCCCGCCGUUGCCAAGGUCGUGGUGUCGCUGAGGGUGAGCCCAAUGCUGUCGGAGGGCCCAGGCCACCAACGCAUUGUCCAUGUUGACAAGUCCAAGGGACGAGUGGCCAUAAUGGAACCGCAGCCUCAAGCUACGAUGACGCUUGGCAGGGACGCCAAAACCCAGCUGAAGACCUUCAACUUUGACGCUGCCUAUCCUCAAGAAUCAAGCCAGGCCGAGGUGUGUGCGGGCGUCCUGCCUGAUGUCAUCCGCUGUGUGCUCAGCGGCAGCGAUGGAUGCGUUCUGGGUCUGGGAUGUGCUGAUGUGGGCUCCUGGUCCAGCAUGGUGGGGAGCGGUGAGAGCAUCCAGAAGGUCGGGCUCCUUCCCUGUGCCAUCUCCUGGCUGUACAGCGCAAUCGAGCGGCGGAGGGAGAGGACCUGGACCGACCUCACUGUGUCAGUGUCGGCCAUAGAGCUCUGCUGCGGAGAGGAGGACACGGUGAGGGACCUGCUGGGGGAGGUCGUCCCCUCGGUAGGGAGCGUCCAGGACAGCCCAAAGACCCAUAUUAGACCUCAGGAGGACCCCGUCCACGGGAUACAGCUACGCAACCACAACAGGGUGAAGGCCCCCACUGCGGAGCGAGCCGCUUCCCUGCUGGACGCUGCGAUUGCGGCACGUCGGCACAAUGACUUCAUUACGUACCUGUCGCACAGCUCCAUAAUGUUCUUCACUCUCCACGUCCAACCCCCCCGUACAGAGAGCAGCACCAUUGGCAAAGGUACUCGUGGCCCCACAAAGUUGACCCUGAUAGAUGUGUGUAGCGGUAUGAGGGGUAUGAGCAAGAACAAACCUCCGUAUUAUGAAAUGGGCCCUGUUGUCUUAUCUCUACUAAGUGGACCCAAAGCCUCCCCCGCCAAGGCCAGUAAGUUGACGAUGCUCCUUCGGGAAGCACUUUCUCAUGUCAAUUGCCACACAAGAGUGAUCGCUGAGGUUGAUGACUCAAUGGCACACCUUCAGGAGACCCUAUCUACCAUUCAGCUGGCGUCUCGCAUCCGGAGAACGCAGAAGAGAACAAAGCAGUCCACUUCAUGUUCUCCGUGCGGCAGGAGCCUGACCAAAGAGAGAGGGGCUCCGUCCUCGUCACUGCGGGCGUUCCACUCCACCGAUGAGGUGGACGCCGACGUUCCUCGUUUCCGUUUGCGUGGUGAACAGGAUGAGCAUUCCAGCAGCGACCAGUCCUGUGACACAGUCAUCCAAAUAGACUCGGAUGGCUUGGUCCACCCCAAAGCAACCUCAAGAUUGGCCCAACCUGAAUUUGUGCCCAUCAUACCUUCUUUGAUUCCUAACAAGGCCGAUGUAGACGACCCAGAGUUCAUUGCUCUGCUCCAAGAGCUUCUGAGAAUUCCUCAGCUGCAGGGAGAAAAGAAGAACGAGGAAAAUGUUCCAGGGAACAUCGAGGUGUUCAAAUCAGACAUCAAGCAGCCGGGGAGGGACUGUUUUAAAUGUGACACAUUUGCUGAACUGCAAGAACGCUUGGGUUGCAUUGAUGGAAGUGAGGCAAAAACGGACGUGCUCAAGUCUUCCUCAAAAGGCCCGUCUGUUGACAAUGUCACAGCAAGACCACAACCCCAGAAAGAAGAAGGCAAACAGCGAGACAGCAAAUCGUCGGACGCACAACAUAAAUUAUUGUCGAGUCAGGGGUCUGGCUGCAGUCGGGCCUGUGUCGGAGAAAAGCCAACAGAUGGUGCAUUCCCUGGGGACAGUUUUCAGCGAGAGGAUUCAGGCCUGUAUGACUGUGAGGAGUGCAGUGCAACCAGUUCCAGUGAAGAACUGCUAAAUCAAACUCUAAGUUUCAACGUGACCUGCUGCUCUGAGCUUCCCAAAAACAAAACUCUGAAGUCAGCUGAUAAACCCUCUUCUAGGAGCUGUAAAGUGGAGGCUCAGGGCACGGCUGUUACCGAUUCUGCUCCCCUUCCAAAAAGGACCCAGGAGAGCCGUGAGGCUGCUGAUUGGUUCAAACCUAACAACAGGACCUCGCCAAUUGGAAAGAGCUCCCCGACAUCUACUUCCUCCUCAUGCUCCUCCUCCCACUCUUUAGCUGCCAGUGUUGUAGUCCGAGACGUUAAGGAGAUGAUGGCGACCAUCACAGUUACCGUCCAGCAACCACUAGAUCUGAAAGGUCAAGAUGAACUUGUGUUCUCGAUGGUGGAGGAGGUAACCAUCAGUGGGGCAUUGGACAGAGGGAGGGCAGGUGGAAAUAUUAUUUGUAUCAAAGACACUACUCAAUCACAGGCGCAUGUUCAAGGCUUUUCCAGCUGUCAACCAAUCAGGAUAAUCAGCAAUGUUAGCGAAGAAACUGCAGUCGCAGGAUCAUCUUACACAAACCAAAGCUCUGUAGCUCAAUCUGUGGCUGCAGACACUGACACGCCCCAGUAUCAAAGCAGAGGGGAAAAGAGGUUCUUACCUUCAUUUAUAAAUCAUAUGCUGAUUGAUACGGAUGUGGAUUGUGAAAUUGAUGGUCUGAAAGAAAAGGAAAGUUCUUGUGACACUUUUACAGAAGUCCGAUCACAGUCUGCGCUCCGAGGGAAUAGUGUGAGAUGUCCAGAAGAUAGGAAGGCUCUCGAGAAGAGGAGUGAUGCUUUUACUAAGGCGACACAUGGCAGAAGGCCUGACAAAGCAUGUGACACAUUGUUGAGCCAAAGUUCUUUUGACCUGAUGGUCUUGGAGGAUUCAGCUUUCCGCGAUGAAACUGGAGAAAACCAAAUGCGUGGCAAGAGACUGAGACAAUCAGACAAGAGCCUCCCUGAAGACAGGGAGCAUGUUUAUUACACCAACACUCCAACGGGCUCAGAGAGGGGCGAAACCAUUUCCAGACGUGUUGGGAAUGCCCCCAAGAGAAUUGGUGUUUCACCUGGUUGCCAGGAAACCGCCACGGCUUCCUUUAACACAGGCAGCUUGCCUAGAGCCUGGCAAAAUGCCAACCAUCCGGAUCGCUACCAACACGGUCACAUGGCAGACAACCGCAGAGACCCAAGGGGGGUGACGUCAUCCAAUCCUUGUAGCCCAGGUGCAACGCUAGAGAGGAGGCAGGGCAGGCAGCGUUCCCCAGCGGACCACAGCCUCCACGUCUCCUCUCCUCGAAAAUACGGGAAAGAGUCCAAACAGCAUCCUGGCAGUGGUUCUAAAAGCGGCGUCGACUCUUUGUCUGAGACCUCAAACCGAAGAAAUCAACAUGAUUAUAGGAGUGGGAGGCCGAAGUCACCCAUUGAGGACAGCGGCCGACUUUUCAGUGCCAAACUAGAACAGCUGGCGACCAGGACUAACUCCCUUGGGAGAACCCCAAGAGAUUUCCCAAAUUUGAAUAGAGGCAGUAGUAACACCUCCAUGAGCUCUAAGGGGAGCUCCAAGGCAAGCACUGAAGGCGCAGGUAUGGGAGGUUAUAAUGGAAGUAAUGGGGGAGAUUGUACCUUACCAAGAGCUAGCAAGAGCCCCAGGAAGAACCCUAAGACUGACCGCAGUCAUCACUUCUUUCUUUCUGAAAAGCCUGUAACUCAUUCUGCUCGGCAUACCCAUUCAAAGCUUUCUGCUGUUGGGAAACUCAAGAUGGCCACCCCCAAAGUCCGUCGACUGUCUGCCCCCAGCACCAAGAACCUCAGCCUGCCCCACAAAGGCCUGCAGCAGUCCAUCAAACGCAGUCCCAGUCUUUCUCCAGACUGUAAAACCGUUAGCUUUGAGCGGACCUCGUCUUUCCUCCUAUCUUCCCCCACGCGGUCCUUUCACUCCAUCAGUCGCACUCCGAGCCAAAGCUCCACAGGCUCAUCCACAAAAUCUGCUAUCCAAGGGUUUGCCAAUGGCCGCAUCUCCGACCUGCUUAAGGAAACUGCCUCCAGCCCCCCUUCAGGAGGACUGGAGCAAAUAACCCCCCUUCCCUCGCCCUACAGCCGGGUAACUGCUCCCCGAACGCCUGAUCACCUGAGCGGUUACGCUAGUGACACCACCAGUGUGUUGAGCGGAGAUUUGCCACCAGCAAUGGGGAAGACAUCCCUGAAUUUCUCAAACAGGGACAGUACGGUGAGCAGUGGGUAUGACAGCAUGUUGAGGGACAGUGAAGCCACAGGAAGCACCAUCUCGAACAGAGAUUCCGCCAGCAACAGGAGCAGCUCUCUUCUCAGUGUGGCUCGAAGCAGCCGAUCAUCUCGGAGGAGAGGCAACGCAGGUCCACACCAGCGCCGCCUCUCCCACGAUGCACCCCUCUCCCUGAGACGCUCGGCUAGUGGUCCGCAGUCUGGCAGGGCGGAUCGGGGGACCCCAGAGGCCUAUGAGAUCAAGGUGUAUGAGAUCGACAAUGUGCUGAGGAUGCAGAAAAGAGCAGGGGACGGCACGCUUCAGUGCCAGGCGGAAGUUCUUGGAGCACCGACAGUAGAGGAUCUCAGAGGUCCGAGCCAGAAACAAGGACCUGAGGGGGGAACCAGACGGGCUCAACCUCACGUGGACCCAAGAGGGCGACCCGCGGCAGACCUUCGAGGUGAACUCGCUGCAGCGCCUGGAGGCCCCCGAAGAGGCGACAGCCCGGCUGCAGGCCAGACUCCACCUCUGCAAGGCCGGCGCCGUGAUGGCCGCCUGCCGUGAUUCCGGCACUAGGAAAGGGAAACGCAGCGGAGGAGAGAGGCUGCACGGGAAGCUGAGAUGACUCACGGCGAGCAGCGGUUAAAAGCUCUUCUGUCCCCCAGACUCCGAGGAACACUUCCAACACGCUACCUCUGAUCCCCUUGAGCUGCGCGGGUGCUUCACGUCGUCUUUGCUCACAGGGAGGUUAAUCGUCAGAGCUUCUUACAAAGGGCCCAAUGUCAAAAAACAUCAUGACCUCAAAUAUAAUCCUUCAUGUUAUUCAGUUUCACUGCAGAUCUGUUUCUUAAUAAAAUACCCUUAUGUAUAUUUUAGUCUUAUUUCAAACCCAUUGUAGAGUGUUUUAAAAGCGACACUUCAGCUCAGUGCAGCAUUUAAUGCUAACAGGAGAUUUCUGUGUGUCGACGGGGCAAAUAUUGCUCCUCCAGCAGAGAAGUAAUGAAAUCUGCGUCGGCUUUGGGUUCAUUACCUCACAGUACUCUUGAUGUUGGAUAGAACUACGAUAGAUACUCAGCUUUAGUGCAGGUUACUCACACGCCUCUUUUUAACAUGCAUCUUUAGCUCAGGAGAAACACACUACAUAUGAUCACAUACAUGUAUUAGCAUUUUCUAUGCUUUUGUUUAUUGUGUUUAAAAAGAGCAAGUUCCUAAAGCACUCUGGGAGAAGUGGACGGAUUACACAGCCGUAAAGUCGCUCCUGUUCAUCCUCGACGAGGACGUUUGGUCUCCAACAGGGAAUAUGCCAUUUUGUAUGUAGCUAAAUGCAACUAUAAACACGAUUCUUUUCAUUUGGAAUCUUGAAACAUAUCCAGUAUGUUGUAGUGACUGUGAAUAAAUGAUCUCAGCUCUCGUUA